UUUCUAAGUGGGAGGACUUGCAAUAUAGCAGGGUGUUCAAAUACUAAUUUUGUUCACUGUUAUCUUCCAACAGGACAAUGAUCCACAACAUUAAGCCAAAUCUACAAUGGAAUGGUUCACAAAUAUACGUAUUUUAGAAUGGCCGAGUCAAUGUCCAGACCUAAAUCCAAUCAAGAAUCUGUGGGCAGAACGGAAGACUGCUGCUCACAAACGCUCUCCAUCCAACCUCACUGAGCUCGAGCUGUUUUGCUAGGAAUAAUGGGCAAGAAUUUCAGUCUCUCCAUGUGUAAAAGCGAUUAAAGACAUACCCCAAGCGACUUGCCGCUGUAAUUGCACCAAAAGGCGACGCUACAAAGUAUUGAUGCAACGGGGCGGAAUAAUAUUGCACGCCCCACUUUUCAGGUUUUUAUUUGUUAAAAAACUUCAAGUUAAAAAUAAAUUUCGUUCUACUUCAUGAUUGUGUCCCACUUGUUAUUGAUUCUUGACACACACAAAAAAAUUAUAUCUUUAUGUUUGAAGCCUGAAAUGUGGCGAAAGGUUGAAAAGUUCAAGGGGGCCAGAUACUAUCACAAAGCACUGUACAUUCAUCUAAAGUAAUAAGAAAACAUUUUCAAUCAAAGAGUCCAGUCACAAUUCAAUUCACAUUUUCCCCAAUGAUUUACAUUGAUGCCUGGCAAAAAUAAUGUUAGCAUAUUGUCGACAUAAAAAGUGCAAUAAAAGCCUUACUCUUGAGCCAAUCCUUACAACCUAGGACUAAUUUUAUUUGUGUAACACUCCUGUCUCUCUCUCAUGAUAUUUUUAUAUAUAGGUAUUUUUUUUACAUUUCACUCAAAUCAAUUAAUGGCUUUUCCUUUCAUUUCAACGAGGAUAGAUAUUAUGACAUUUGAAUGUGGUCACAGAAAAAAAAUCGUAUCUCAAGACACCACUAAUUUUUAGUCUUACUAGUGAAGCAAUGUAGUACUGUAUUUGAACUGCACUUCCCCGUCUUAAUGGAACUCCUGAUAUAUAGAAGUAAAAAACGUAAUCAUAAUGAGCAAUCAAAAUAAUACAAAAGUGUGUUGAGCAGGAAUAAGCGACUAUUUUCAUCUAACAUUAAUUCGCCCGAAUGGAUACCAGCUCGUGGAUACCUGUCCAAGAUGGCGACCGGUUUAUGCAUGCAAAGUACGGCUUGGGUACGAUCGCCGCACAACACUUGUAGAGGGGGAAACAAACGGGGAAACUAACGUUAUUUUAGGUGUUUCAUUCCUGAAAGAAAUGCAUUGCAUUUUUGGGGAAAAGUCUACGACUAAAGUGAUUAAUGUUUUUUAAAUGUUAAUUACAAAAAGGCUGGAUUGGAAUCAUGGAGUAAACAUAACCCUAAUUUCUAAUAAAGCAGUCUUGAAUAACUAUCGAGUAUAAAAAAAAAAAAAGGAAAUUUGAAUUAUUUUGGGGGACCCUCACAUCCCCAAUGUUUCCUAUAAAAAAAUCCAUUCUGAUCACUGAAGGCAAGACGAUCAACGGCAGCGAUCAAUUAGUCAGGUCCGAUCGAUCACGCCCCCCGCCCCAGACAGCAAGUCAUCAACAGUGAGGGAAGCUAAAGUUUAACCAACAGGGCUCGCGUCCGUUUACUAGCCCGCCCAAAACCAGAAGUAGGUCGGGGAGUCGACGGAGGGUCGUGGUCAUCAUGGCCACCAGCACCUCGGUUCUUUCCAGAGGCCACGUGUUGUUGUCCAAGUACUCUACUGGGAGUCAACAGGCCAGGUGAGCGCUGCUACCUUUACGCGUUUAAAAUUCUAAUUUGAGUAAACUACUAGACUCCAAGGCUCUGGUUUGUAACUUCUUUUGGUAAAUUCAACACAAAUUCACAGGUGCUGCUAAAGUAUAUCAGAUUAAAAAUCAUUGUAUAAAGUCAUGUUUAUAUUGGUGGGUUUUCACAAUGUUAUUCUACCGUACCCUCAAACCAUUGAGUUAAUUUUUGGAGGGGGUGGCAGAAUACAGCUGCUCAAUCUGUAUUUUAUGUAGUAAUUUAUUUUAGGCCAUAAGGGUAUUGAUGUUUUGGAAUUUUUUUGUUUGCUAAAUAGAAGGAACGUACACAAGGUUAUUUAAAAAAAAAAUAAAGCGCUUAUCACAAAUGUGAUUUAAUCAUUUGCUGGACUUCUGAACUUCGUCCUGCAGCACCCAUUCACUUAUCUCUUCCUUCACAAGCAUGCUCUACUUUUUUCUGUUUUUGAUACAUGUUGUCGUUUGCGUCCUCUUAAUUAUUUAUUGAUUUUUCUUGAAUUUUCCAUUGUAAAACUAACAAACAUAAAUACAGCUCAGAUCAACAGAAACAGUAAAUCACAAGGAACCGUCAUAAGACAUCACGGUAAGCAUGCGUUAAGCUCAAGAGACACUCUGUAACAUACUAAAAGAUCUUUUCCGGAUAGUUCAGCUUUGGUUCGCAGAUGUUGAGAAAUGUUGGCAUAUCUGUGCAUGUUAGCAGUGGUUCUUGGAAUGUGUCUUGGAAUUGAGCUGUAACAUUUGUUACUUUAUGUUGUACCCUUCGGUCUUGGCGAAGUCCACCUCUCACUGAAAACAUAUUUGACCUGCCGUCAGCUCUGCGGACCAAACUCUGCAAACGGUCAUGCAAGGACCGAACAGACCCUAUCACGGGGUCUGGUACCAACUCACCGAGGGACAGGGUUGUACGCCUCUUCCAAGUCCACAAAACACAUGUGGAUUGGUUGGGCAAACACCCGUGCAUGCUCCAAAAUCCUACUCGCCAUCAAGCCCCGCCUCCGGGCCACGGAAAACAAGGAGGUUUUCUGAGAACGCCGUUCGAGCCUGGUUCCGUUCCGCACGCUCCUCGGUGCAAAACAACGGCGUCAGGAAAGAUGCUGACUCCAACCUGCUGUCCAAGCAGGAGACCAGUAACCUGUACAAAAUCCAAUGUAGUUCACAACGUGAAACCAGAGUGCCUGGAAGUUUAUAAUAAUCUCGAGGCGGAGGUGCAAAAAAGGCUUCAUCAGGAUGAGGAUUAUCCAUGUGAGGUCAUUGGAAGCUGGAACACGUGGUACGGAGAGCAGGACCAAGCAGUGCACCUGUGGCGCGACAGGGGAGGCUACCCAGCCUUGACCGAAUGCCUCAACAAGCUCAACGUGAACAAGGAAUAUUUGGAAUUCCGCAGAGAGCGAGCAAAAAUGCUGAUUUCCAGGCGGAAUCAGCUCCUGUUGGAGUUCAGUUUCUGGAAUGAACCUCUUCCCCGACCAGGACCAAACAUCUAUGAAAUGAGGAGCUACGCCCUCAAGCCGGGGACCAUGAUCGAAUGGGGCAACCAAUGGGCAAGGGCCAUCAAACACCGUCAGGAGAACAACGAGGCUGUGGGUGGCUUCUUCUCGCAGAUCGGCAACUUGUAUGUUGUUCAUCAUUUAUGGGCCUAUGAAAGUCUUCAGUCUCGAGAUGAAACCAGGAAAUCUGCAUGGCGCAAGGAGGGAUGGGAUGCCAACGUGUACGACACGGUGCCUCUCAUCAGGAGCAUGGAGUCCAGGAUAAUGAUUCCUACCUCUAGUUCUCCUUUACAGUGAGAACGCAAAAAAAAGCAGAGCACCCGAAAACAAAACCAGGAGCAAACAGUAACAUACUUUCCACACUUUUGGGCCACAACAUUAGGUACACUUCUGCCAUCUGACAUCCAAUAGCAGAGAUACAGUCUCAGUUUUACGUGCAAUAUAUUUAUUUCAAACCAUGCUUUCAUGUAGCUAUAAAGUAUAGUGUUCCCCCGCUAACUCCCCGAGAGGGGUUGCGACAGGAAGGGCAUCCGGUGUAAAAACUGUGCCAAACAAAUAUGAGCGUUCAUCUGAGAUGUCACGCUGUGGCGACCCCUAACGGGAUAAAGCCGAAAGAAACCCCAAGUAUAGUGUUCCCCCGCAAUACAAAAAAAAAUAAGUCCUUGAGUAAUUGACGUCCACCUACAAGAUGCUGGCAGAGCACUACUUUUUUCUUGCUAUGGCAUGUCUAAAUGAAACUCCCCUCUUCACUUUAACAUAGGUCUUUUGGACCAAGAUGCCACAUUAUGGCAAUACGUUUAUAUUAGCUAGGAUUUUGGUCUAAGCAGAAAAACAAGCAAAUGAAAAAUUGGCAAAAUCACCACUAACAAACUCCAAAUAUACAAGGGGGCACUGGAACCAAAAUAUUAGAAAAUCUUCCAUGCAGUUCUAUGGUACAUGCUAGAAUCACAACCCCCCCCCACCCCUCCAAAGAAAAAUAGAUGGUUAGAUCUAUAUACCUCUCAACAUCUUUUUGGCGAUAUAGUUUGCUUUUGUAUUGGACCUCACUCCAUGAUGCAGGUGUACCGAAUUAAGUGACCAACAAGUGCAUCUGCAGAGAAGUCAGCCACAGUCCGAUUUUAAGAAUCCUGAUGUUCAAAUAAGUGAUUGUUAGGGAAAAUCUGUACAUUGUGAUUGUGAUUGAGUGAAUCUAAUAUUGAAUGGGAUGUGAUU